AUGGCCGACCGUUUCCCCUCCCUGGAGGACUUCUCUGAGGGUCAGACUGAGGUUAUCGACAACACUGGCGUCGGCCAGGAUGACUUCUUGGCUCGCGAGCGCGCCGCUCUCGGAGAAGAUGCCGACCAAUUCGCUACCCCCCAAGACAACGUUGCCGGCGGCGAUGACGAUCUGCUCGGCGGCGGCAGCAACGAUACCCCCGCUGAGGAAAUCGGACAGUUUGAAUCCUCCUUCCCCUCAAUGGAAACCCAGGCACAGAAUGAGCGCGUCGCCCCUGGCGAGCCUGAGGAGGAGCCCGAGGCAGUCCGUCAAUGGCGCGAGAAGCGUGAUGCCGAAAUCGCCCGCCGUGCAGAGAUCUCAAAUGAGAAGAAAGAGGCUAGCGUGAAGAAAGCCCAGGAGGACAUUGAUGAUUUCUACGUUUCUUACAACAACAAGGCCGACAAGCACCGUGCCCAGACGAAGACCGAGGCUGAACAAUUCCUGGCCAACCGUGAGGACACCUCCGCCGGCGGUACCAGCUGGGAGCGCAUUGCUAAGUUGGUCGAUGUAUCUGGCAAGGGUUCUGUGGGUGGCGGCAGUGGUUCUGGCAAGGAGCGCUUCCGGGAGUUGCUUCUUGACCUCCGGAAGGACCAGGAGGCACCCGGUGCUACUGGGAUCUAA